GAGCCCUUCACUAUCAUUUGCCACAUUUCUCUCAGAGUCACACUGCCAGUUUGUAGCAUUCAGGCUACAGAGGGACCAAGGCUGACCAGAAAUGGGGGCCAGCAAGAUGGAGAAGUAUUCCGUUUUUGCUGUCAUUUUGUAUGCUGUUUGCCUGUACGAGGUCUUGGGAUACCCAUACAAUGAUGUCUCCAUAGCUUGUGAUUCUAUGUUGCCAGAUCGUGGAAGUGGGCCACAGAGGUCUCCACCACCUUAUGUCAUUUCAGUAUCAUUUGAUAGAUAUGAUCCUGGAAAUGAAAUACAAGUGAUUUUAGAAUCAACUUCACCAUUUGGAUUUAAAGCAUUCAUGGCACAGGCUCGAGAGGUUGAUGGAAAUAUGCCUGUUGGUAUGUUUCGCAUCGUAGAUCCAAACACACAAGGACUUCCAUGUGCCAAUGUUUCGAAUUCAGCAGUAAGUCACAGAGGUCCAAGUGUCAAGCACAGAAUCACAACCAGUUGGAUUGCUCCUAUGGGUACUAGAAGAAUUCGGAUAAUGGCAACUUUUGUUCAAGAUUAUAAUACCUAUUGGGUUGGUGUUCAUAGCAAGACUCUCUCACCCAGAAGUUUUGACAUAGCUAAUGAUACUGAAUCCUUCAAUGACACGACGACAACCAGUAGCUCAGAUGUAGCCAAUAUUACAUCAGUGAUCUCCAAAAUCACUACAGACUCUGAAACACCUGAUGAGGAACUGAAAGAAUUGGAUUUCAACAGCCUCCUUCCUGAGCCAGAGGGUGAAUUUGAGCCCCCAGUCAAGGCUAAGAAAAUAGAAGAUUUUCAAAAUGAAAAUGCCAUAAGGAAAAGCAGGAGGAAGUCUGUUGUGACUUUUGAUAUAAACUGUGGUGAGGGUGGAACAUACCAGUCCAGCAGUGGUGGUUGUGUCAAGAAUGUUCAAGGUUCAUCAUACAGUGGCAGCAAGUCGUCUGAAGUUAUUGUGAUUACACAAGGAAAAGGCAGCGGCGGCAGCAGCAGCAGCAGCAGCAGCAGUGGAUGCAUUGGGGGCAAACUCGCAAGUGUAUAUAACAAAUAUGGUUGUGGAGAUGCUGGAACUGACAUUAGUGGCCAGUCUUCAUAUGGCCAGUCUUCCACCAAUGCAGGCAGCAAAGUAAAGGUGUACACCUACCCACAGAGCAACCCCUUCCCCCCAGAGCGUGAAUCCAUUUCAUCGAAAAUUGCAAAUUCCAAAUACAAUGGAGCCAUUUAUUCCAAGGGUUUAAGACCUCAGAGUGGUUCAUCCGAAACCAUUCGCAUUACUGUCCAGAGUGGACAAGGCAGCCCAGCUUGUGAUAAGAGUUCAACCUCUUACAACAUCCAGGCUUGUAACCAGCUGGGUCAGUCUUCAAGCUCACAGAGUGGCAGUUCCUUUGGUGCACAGAGUGGAAAAUUUUCAUCAAACAGCAAUUCUAUAUACAGUCAGGGUUCAAGAACUCAAGGUGGUUCAUCAGAAACUAUCCGGAUUACUGUCCAGGGUCAGCCUUCAGGUUCACAGGGUGGCAGCACUUAUGGCAUACAGGGCCAGUCUUCAGGCUCACAGAGUAGCAGCUCCUAUGGCACACAGGGUGGAUCCUAUUCAAGUGGAGGCAGUCCCUGUGGCCAGGGAACAACAUAUGACAGCAAUCCCUGCCAUCAGAACCAAGCCUCAUCCUCCUCUUCUUCCUCUUCAUAUUCUUCCUCUUCUUACGGCAACCAGGGACAAGCAUCUUCCUACGGCAACCAGGGUAGUUUACAAUAUCAAGGCAACAGCAAUGGUUGUAAUUCGGGAUCUUCUUCACAAAGCAAUUACAACAACCAGGAUCAAUCAUCUCCCUAUGGCAAUCAGGGUGCUUCUUCUUACAAUCACAACAGGUGUUGAGUGAAAAAUACAUGAAAAUAGAAGAAAGGUUUUGAAUUGAAACAAGGAAAUACAAGUGAGAAGCCAUGAAUAUUACUUCAUCAUAGGAGGAGGACUGGAGUACAUCCAACAACAAAGUCAUUACAGAAUUACUCUCUGUGUGUAUUGCUUCCUCAGCUCAUGAUGCUAAUGAAUAGAAGAGUUGAUAUUUGUCUAAGUCAAGAUCUCAGUGGAAAUGCUUCAAAAUAAAAAGAAUAUUUCUCUUAUUACAA